AUGCGCAGGGCUGAGUCCAGCAUGUGCUUCAAGUUCGUCUACAUUCCCUGUGAACCCGGCAUGCCGAUGGAAGAAUGGGAGCUGUUCCCCAAGAAAGGCGACGACGAGAUUAGCUGCUUGACUGUGCAUCUUCAGAAAUGGUUCAGCAAGAGCGGACGUUUGUCUGAUGACCAGAAGGCUCAACUGAAGGAGCAAGUCAAGCUCCAUGCCCAAAAGAAAAACUUGACAGUAGACAACGUGUUCGAAAACUCAACCAUCUCCGAUGACAUCUUACAAACUGAGAGUGUUGAAAUCAUCACCCUCCUUCCUCCCAUGCAAGAGCAUGGGUACGUGUCAGUGUCCAUGUAUGUGGACGACAAAGGGCUCGUUCGCAACUUGCUACAGAAUGAUCGAGCUAGUGGGUUGAUGGAGUCUCUGACGAGCAGGAGGGGGCCCGUGCUCGGAGAUGCCUUUUUAGGAAGAUGUUAUGACAACGAGCAAGACACGUUCAAGCGGUUAGACUUCCUUCUCACAGACGUUUCCUCGUCGGCAGGUUGGGCCAAGAUAUGCCUGGAGCAAAAGAAGUCAGCUGUGAUCAAUCAUGAGAGGAUGAAGGAACAUUUCAAACAGUUGACCACUAGCAAGGUUCCGAAAGAACAAGAAGAGACAGCAGAUGAUAAGCUAGAUGACGACUUGCGGAGCGACCUGCAGCAGUCGUUGGAAGAUGAGAAUGAUGUGCUGAAGCGAGACGGAUAUGCCUCGUUCCCUGCUAGAAACGAACCCAUCCCUUGCAGCGAUGAAGAAUGUUUUCGCAUUUACCAAGAAAUCAAAGGGCUUGGUCACGAGAGCCUCAAAAACAGAAUCUAUGACCUUGCGCUCCGACGAUACCAGAAGGCCAAGCGCUACCUGAUGCACAGACGUCAUCUCAACGAGAAUGCGAUCAAGUCUAUCUCAGAGAAGACAUGGACUGAAAACCUUGUCUCUUGUGAUCUCAACAUCGCUCUGGCUGGGUUGAAGCUCGGAAGGAGCAGAACGUGCGAGAAAGCUUGCAAGUCUGCGUUGCAGUUGGAUCCCAAGAACGUGAAGGCCUUGUACCGCAUGGGCCUUUCGCUCAAAGGUCGAGGCGAGUACCGGCAAGCUCAGGAAUUCUUCAACAAGUGUCUGGCGCUCUCGCCUAACCCAGCGGCGAAGGAAGCAAUACAAGCCUGUAUGAGAGAAGAGAAGAUGGCGUCGAAGGCUGCUUCCGACUUCGCGACCAAGAUCUUCUCCAAGGGGCUCGGCUCGUUCUAUCCUGAUGCCAAACCCGCUGAGGAAGAAGGAAAGGAGGAAGAGCCUCCAGCCUUGGAAGAGGACAAACAAGGGGACGAAGAGAACAAAGACGACAAUUGCGAGUGCUGCCCAACAGACAGUGCUGCCCUAUGA